ACAUCGAAGCAUGCAUGAUACCGCAAAUUAACCAAUUGCCAAUUUGUAACGUCUAAAGGUUCUUCUUCACGUUGCCCUGUUAAAUCUCUAAUUCUACAACUCUUCCUAUAUCUCACUAAUCCUCAUCCUUAAUUUCUUUCUUUCCAUCAAUCUCUUCUUCUUCAUUUUAUUGUUACAUGCCUUGUUCUCUGGGGGCGAGCAAGUGCAUGCAACCAAAAUGGACCCCAACCAAACGUUAUUCUCUGUGGUCACGUUAAUGCCCCAAGAAGAUCCCAGCCUGGAUCGAAUCCAAGUCUACAACGUGUGUAUACAACAGCCACUGAAAUUAAUUUCAGAUGGCUUGUGGGCUCAUGAAAAUUUGAUUCCAUCCAAAUCUUCAUACACAAUGCUUGAGAUGCAAAUCUUGGUCAUUUUCUUCAUCACCCAAAGCUUCCAUUUCCUCCUCAAGCGUUUAGGGUUCCCUUAUUUGGCCUCCCAAGUAUUGGCUGGGUUUCUGCUAGGCCCGUCAAUUCCGACGGGCCCAUUGGAGGCAUAUAAGAAGAUGUUGUUCCCGUUCGGAAGCCCGGACAUCCUGAACACCAUCUCCUCCUUCGGCUACACCUUCUACCUCUUCCUCAACUCUGUUCAGAUGGAUUUCAACUUAAUCACCAAGACGGGUAAAAAAGCUUGGGUCAUCGCCCUCCUCAACAUGUUCACCCCCAUCAUUCUCGCCGGCGGCGUCUUCGUCCAAUCUUUCAACCCCUUAUGGACCUCCACACUCGGCCAGAAGGAAGCUGAUGACCUCUCCGUCAUCACCAUCUCCCAGAGCGGCUGCUCCUUUGCCGUCAUCGCCUGCAUGCUCAAUGAGCUCGGCGUCAUCAACUCCGAGCUCGGUCGCCUCGCGCUCUCCACCGCCUUCAUCAAUGACCUCACAGGUGGGAUGAUGGCCGGCCUCGGCACCGCCUUCGUGACCUCCGUCUCGCAGGGCUACCUCAUGGUGGCCCGCAACCUCUUCCUCUUCUUCGUGUACCUCACUAUGAUCCCUCUAGUCGGCCACCCUGUGAUGAAGUGGAUGGUGAGGAGCACGCCAGAGGGGCGGCCGGUGAGGAGGAUAUACAUCGUAGCCAUCGUGUUCGUGUUGUUCAUACUCAGCCACAUUGCGAAGUAUUUCAACCAACCGUUCAUGUCAGGGGCGGUGAUCCUAGGGCUGACAGUCCCUCCAGGACCGCCGCUCGGGUCCGAGCUGGUCGACCGGAUGGAGUUAAUCUCGACGUGGUUCCUAUCACCUCUCUUCGUGACGUGCUGCGCCAUGAAGAUAGACCUCACCAUAUGUGGGCCUCCCAAGUUCGUGUUGGCGGUUGCGUUCAUCAUCGCGAUCACCCACGUGAUCAGGCAAGCGCAGAUCGUUGCAAUCUGCCAAUAUUGCAAGAUCCCCGCACGCGAUGGUUUCUGCCUCGCUCUCAUCUUGAGCUGCAAGGGCAUCGUGGAUAUCUGCUCCUACAUCCUUCUCUUCGACGGAACGCAACAAUCUCCAACAGUAGUAGCAGUGAUGGUGAUCUCAGUGUUAGUCUUGGGAACAACCUCGCGGGUGGGUGUGAAGUCACUAUAUGACCCUUCAAGAAAAUAUGCAGGAUACCAGAAAAGAAACAUCAUGAAUCUCAAGAAAAACUCAGAGCUUCGUGUCGUAGCAUGCGUCCACAAGCCAAGCCACAUGAUCCACAUCAAGAAUUUCCUCCAAGUUUGUUCUCCUACACUAGACAAUCCUCUAGUGGUGGACGUUUUGCAUCUCAUGGAGCUCAUCGGAAGAAGCUCACCCAUUUUCAUCGCGCAUCGCCUCCAGCAAAAAACACAGUCCACACCCAACUACUCCGGCGAACUCAUCGUGAUCUUUGACCUCUUCGAGCGUGACCAUGCCGGUUCUGCCACGGCCAACACCUACACUGCCAUAUCCCCAGUGUCCCUCUUGCAUGAGGAUGUAUGUAAUCUUGCACUGGACAAGAUGGCGUCCAUCAUAAUCCUCCCAUUUCAUGUGAGGUGGACGGAGAAGGGUUUAAUCGAGUCAGAGGACAACAAAAUAAGGUCAUUGAACCACAAAGUUUUAGAAAGGGCACCGUGUUCGAUCGGGAUCCUUGUGAACCACAGUUCUUCGAGCCAAAACUCGGUGAGUUAUAAAGUGGCAAUGGUUUUUCUUGGUGGGCCGGAUGAUAGAGAAGCCUUGGCUUUGGCAAAGAGGUUUGCUAGCAAUUUAGAUAACAAGUUGUUCGUGUAUCGCUUCGUUUCACACGAGCAUGAUUCCACAAACUGGGAAAACAUGAUUGACAACGAGGAAUUGAGGGAGGUGCGUGGAGCUUUUGGCAAGGUUGAAAAUGUUACAUAUGAAGAAAAAUCAAUAGAUGAUGCUUCACAAACGACAGAGUUAUUGAGAGAUGUGGCAAAUAGUAAGUUUGAUUUUAUUAUAGUUGGGAGAAGGAAUGGGGUGAAAUCUGAAAUGACAGCCGGGUUGGAAAACUGGACAGAAUAUACAGAAUUGGGGGUGAUAGGGGAUUUGCUUGCUUCUCCGGAUAUGGAGACUAAAGCUUCUAUUUUAGUUGUGCAGCAACAACAAACCAAGGUUUUGACGGCAUCAUGACCACAGUUUCAAGCUAAUUGGCAUCACUUUUUUUGUACAUUUCCAAAUUUUCUAGUUUUGUAAUUUCAGGCUUAUGUAUAUUUGUUUUAAUUUCAUCAGGUUCUAAUGUUCUGGCUAGCUUUUUCUCCAUAUUAAAGUGGGAGAUUUAGAGAACUUUUUCUUAACAUUAACUACUGAUGUUGUUGUAAACUUAAUGAAAAGUACCCUAAGCAAGGGAUUCUGA